AUGCUCUUCAGCACUUCUCUCGCAACCUUGGGCGUCCUCGCGGUAGCCAGCAGCGCGUCCCCCCUCAAUGCCCGCGACGACACUUGCACCUUCAAGGUCAAUUGCGCCCACUCUUACGGCGGAGGCGGUGUGGGCAUGCCGCCUUUGGAUCAGAUCAUGUGCCUCACAGCGGUAACCAGCUCGAAUGGCGACGUGGUUUACUCGGACCGCAACAGCUACAACCCCAGCGCCACAAACACUGUCACAGCGGCUGACUGGCAUGGUAGCGCCGAUGUGGUUAUCGAAGCGGGCUUCUCGGGCGGAGACAACCAGUUGCGUGGUACGUGGGCUUUCAACGGCCAGACCAAUUCCUUCGAGGGCCACAACUCGAUCGACUCUGGCACCGUUACUGUCUCUCAGUCCGAGUAUACGUGGGAUCUGCCAUGCACUCCCUAA